AUGCACUCGCACACCGGCGGGUUGGUCGAGUCGCUGCACUUCCCGUUGCCCGAGCAGCCGUUCGGACAGAUCGCUGUGUUGAUCUCGCGCCUGGUGACCCUUCGCCUGCGUCAGGGCUUCAAGAUGGCGUUCGCCGUCGGCGCUUUGUUUGAUAUCAAGUUUCGGGACUUCCUGCUGUGGCACUUUGGGAGCGGAGUGGAGCGGGAGGUGGACCACCUCCUCCGCCACUUCCUGCGCACUGCCUUCCAGACCGAGCCAAACCUGGUGCGAGCGGUCAGCAAUUUUCAAACGGCCUUCAAUCGACUCGUCUCCGCGCCUCGCUUGGACCGAGUUUUGUGGGUGAACAUCUUUGCAGGCAGCGUCAUCGAGGAGCGACGAGAGGCCGCGUCGGAUUUCCUCCGCACGCUCGAGGCCAUGCGCGCCCGAUGGGACAGCCCGCGCAGCGGCUACUUCCUCUCCACCCUCGUCACCUCCCUUCUCGCCACCGAUCUCUCCUGGACACUCUCCUUCCCCUCCCACACAGCCUCGGCACCAUCUUCUUCUUCUUCGUCAUCAUCACCACAAACCACGGCCACAACCACUCAUCAUCUCCCCUCUUCGCGCACGAUUCUCACCGGGCUCGGCCCCUCUCACCUGCGGCCGCUGCUCGCGCUGCUGUCCUACUUCAUCCGACCACGCGGGUCCACCCUACCCAGCGCCGCGCCGCUCCAGCAUCUGCUGUCGGCCCACGAGGCCUGCGAGAGAGAGCCGGGCGACGCCAAGCCGGGCGAGGAAGACCGACCA